AAUCAAUCGUGUUUAUUAUUUGAAGCAGACGUCUGGAACUGCACCAAUCACGAUGCAUUAUUGGCCACGGGCUAUCGAGAACCAGAGGACAACCACAGCGCCAUGUCGUCCAAACGUCGCAAUGAACAUGCGCAACUGCGGCGUGAAGAGUACGAGUCCAUUAUGGAUGACGAAGGGUCAGCAGAAUCUGGUGGGCUAGCUCGUGCUUCCGACGAAGCCAUCUCCAAGCGCCGUAUCGUCACCGCCCGUGGCAGUAAACGCUCGGCGACAUCUGCCGCACGGACGACGUCAGUCCCUUCUCCCGCGAAACCAUUUGCCGCAGCACUCAGCACACCGGCGUCAACUUCCUCGUCGUCUACCACCAAUCCAUUCGCUGUAUUUGGAGGCCUCACAACUCCGGUGCCACCAGCUGCCUCAGCGAACCCGUUUGCUGCGUUCAAAGGCCUCACGUCAACGACCCCCGCUCCUUCCGCGACCUCGUCGUUCACAGCCCCUUCCUCUGGAUUCCAAGGCAUCCUUCCUCCAUCGACAACGGCAGCAGCGCCAUCGACCACGGCAGCAGCACCAUCGACCGUGUCCUCGAAGAAGAAAGGACUGACGUUUCCGUGGAUCAAAGCCAAAGUCGCCCAGAAAUCCCGCGACGAGGCGCGUGCGACGUGCUUGGAGCUGCUGAACAAGGAGUUUUAUGCGUUUGUGCAGCAGCAAGUCGUUGAAAACCCCAUGGCGCUGUGGACGACAGCGAUCCACGAAUACAUCCAUCACGUGGAGAGCGUCGAGACGGAUCUGGACGUGUUGUACGGUCCUGCGCCGCCUUCCGCCGGGAAACCUCUGUCGUCGUCGGACGCUGGAUUCACAUUUGGCGUCCAAACGCCGUCCGCCACAACGUUACCCACUCCACCAUCGCACAAGGCGGUAUCUGGAUUCACAUUUGGCGCCAACCCCCCCGCAGGAUUCACAUUUGGAGCCACAAACGACACGCCAAUUGGGAUUCCAGCGUCCGCCGCCACCCAACCCCCAGUCGUGGUUGAAGCUGCCACCAAGUCGUCUGCGCUCAACUUUGGACAACCAUCUGCGACCAUCAUCGCAUCGAGUGAACCUACGAAGCCGACGGCGUCGGGCUUUCAUUUCGGCGCUCCUGCCGCUUCUUUGUCGUCACCUUCUCCGUUUGAAUUUGGCAAAAGCCCGUCAUCCGUUACUGGGUUUACUUUUAGCCAAUCAGCGACCUCCGAACCAUCGAAACCGCCCGCUUCUGGCUUUUCGUUCAACUUGGCUCCUAGUACUACUAGUAGUAGUACUACUACUUCAACUACUAUUACUCCAAGUACCCAAACCAACGACGACGACGACGACGACGAAAACGUGGGUCGCGAAGAAGCCACGGUGAUUCUCAAGGUACGAUCUACUAGUUAGUGUAUGUACUAGUAGUAGUAGUCGUCGUCGCUAGUACUACUAACUAUGAUUCGAGGGCAGAGCGACUCGGAAGCGGACGAAGUAGUGUUGUUUGAAGAAGCAUUGGUGCGGCUGCGGCAGUUCAAAGCGGCGGACAAGGCAUGGGCGGACUUGGGGUCGCAUCCGCUUAAGCUCCUACAUAACAAAUCCACCGGCGCUACCCGCAUUGUGAUCCGCAACUCGAUUGGCAAGAUCAUGCUGAACGCGGGACUGUUUGCUGGCAUGACGGUGCAGACAAAGCCCAAGAGCGUGCUCCUUCCGCUCAUGCACGAAGGCAAGAUCGCCAACUUCCUCUUUGGCAUCCUGCCCGCGCGUAUCCCCGAGUUCAAGGCCCAGCUCGACCAACAUGUGCCCAAGUAAUAGUAUACCGUUCAUGUGUGCUGCUGCAACGGUUUGACGUCGUCAAUUGCGACAGCUUCCUUACCUCCCGUCGUGGCAUUUCAAAUCGCCGUUACAAUGCAAGAAGGACCAUGGUACAGACGUGUACCGUAAUGGCGACAGGGGCGAGA